AAAUUACGAAUUACUAACAAUUUGUCACUGGUGGAGUGAGGUGCCAGCAGCUAAUAAGAUCGUCAUAUAAAUAAAUUGACAAGUGAGAAAAAUUAACGCUGCCAGUUUGGACUUUGUUCGUGCCGUGACUGGGCAAAGUUUGUCACUCUCAAUCUUCGUAAUAAUAAGAUUUUUACGGCAUAGACGAACCGUGAUAUGAUGACAUUUUAUACUUAAUUGACAGUCAUCAUAACAAACAGUUGGCAUUCCUUCGAGACGCGACGCUUCCUAUCAUCCCUGGAAAUUUGAGACUUUUAUAAAUAAGAAAAGAAGAAAUCCACUUGAUCUACAUUAUAUAACUGGGAGAGAUUUAAAAAGUUCAUUGAGAUAGAGAGAUUUGCAACUGGGAUCUGGAACUAAAGGUCGUGUCAUACACUGGACAUCAAUUAUUACUCACGACGAAUCUGGAUCUGAGUUUGACUGACGGAUCACUCCUCAGUGUCACACUGGACGGGACGAAUAUCGUUGUCGUCGCAUCCACAUUAUCAUAAAUUUCUAGGAUAAGUGAUUCUGUUCAAAAUGGAGCUCCACCGGUCGCGCCUCGCCGUCGCGUUGGCUCUCGUCGCCAUCGUAUUUCCGACGACUUUCUCUGCACCAGCCCCAAGGUCAUCAUGCACUCCUGUUUGCAGACAGAGUCAAGUAUCAAAAAUUAGUUAUCAGGAAGGCAAAUCAUACACGUAUGGAUUUGAGACAGAAGUAAUCACCCAGGUUUUAGGGUCGACUGACGAACAAGCAAAAAUUAAGGUUAAAGGUCAAGCUGUCAUUGCUGCUCAGUCUCCUUGCGAUUUCAUCCUCACCGUCCAACAAGUGGCCAUUCAAAAUCCAAGUGGACAGGCAAUCAGCCGUGUCGACGAUAUUGAAGGGUCAUCUCUUAGAUUUUCAUAUCAAGAUGGGCAAGUUGAAAGCGUCUGCGUCGCUGAGGAUGACCCGACGUGGUCCAGCAACGUGAAGCGAGCCAUCAUUUCUAUGCUGACCAACACGGCAGAAAACGCUGUUGGAGAUGUCUCAACGGAAACCGACAUUUCUGGUCGAUGCCCUACGACUUAUUCCGUCUCUGGUGACAAAUACGUGAAAACGAGGGACCUCAACUCUUGCACGAAGCGGGAUGGAGGAGCCACCGUGUUUUUGGGAGUGCCAUACGAUGUCCCAUCCAAAUACAACUCCAUGUCUGUGAUCGACUCCGCCCUAGAGUGCACACAAGACUUGAAGGAUGGCGUUUUCCAGCAUGUCCAAUGUAUCGAGAGUCACAAAGUCCCCUUCCUCUCCACCCAAAGCACCGGAAUUCACACCGAAAUUAAGUCUAGUCUCAACCUCGUUUCCACUCAGAAUGGAAUCACGAAAAGCUCCAAAGUCACGACAAAGCCAUCUUCCAUCUUGUAUGACCACGCUGAGAUUCAAGACGGGACCAGGCAGAAGGCCACCGCCACAAAAAGUGUCGAUUUCUUAAAGAAAAUCUGCCAAGAAAUUGAGGAUGGAGCUGUCUCCUCCAAAGUUCCUGGGCUCUACCUCCAAUUGAUCAAAACCCUCAAAACGGUGCGCAAGGAAGACGUGAAGCAAAUGUAUGAAAAGAUCACGAGCGGAAGCAUGUGCAGCAAAGCGACUGAUAAACUGCAAAAAAUUUUCCUUGAUGCUGCCGCCACUUCUGGUUCUGAUGGAUCGAUAGCUUUCCUUUCUGAUAUUAUUACCAAAGAUGAGGUCGGAUGUCACACCAAGACCCUUUUCCUCGCAAACGCUGUAUUUGCCCCACACCCAGACAUCGGAGCUCUUGCAGCGCUAGGCUCACUGAUCUCAAAGACUGACAUCGAAGCGAAAUAUCUGCUCACCGCGUCCGGAGUUGGACAUCAAUAUUGCCGAAUGACGAAUGAGGACUGUGCCUCCAACAGUGAGUAUGUCGCCCUCGUCAACAAGAUUGCUCAACACGUUCGUCCUUCCGUUACCGAUGAGGAAGGCUUGAGAAAGGUGGUUGCUGCUCUCCAAGCGUUAGGAAACUUGGACAAACUCACGCCCGACGCAGUGACAGCAAUUUCCAGCAUUAUUGACGACAAGACAGCCCCCGAGCGACUCAAGGUUCGUGCUCUCGAUGCCUUCCGUCGACACCCGUGCCAACAACAAUUGAAGCAAAAGGCUAUCCGCGUCUUUGGUGAUAACAAGGAAUCUUCUCACGUCAGAAUUCAGGCCUACUUGACCCUCUCCAAGUGUGUCGAGCAGGACGAUGUCAGUGCCAUCCAAACAAUCUUAAACGCGGAACAAUCUAGCCAGGUUGGGUCAUUCGUCUCCUCCCAUGUUGAGAAUGUGCUGGAAACGGCCAGCCCCUCGAAACAAGGCCUGAAGAAUAUUUUCCGUCAAUUUACAAUCCCCGAAGGCCUCAGUAAAGACAUGCGAAAAUUCUCCAGAAACAGCGAAUACUCGACCUUCCUCCCAAAUCUGAAUGUUGGUGGAUCACUUGACGGGAAUCUGGUCUUCUCUCAGGAUUCCUAUUUGCCCAGAAUGUCCAAUGCCAAUUUCACGGUUGACGCUUUUGGGAGAUCUUACAAUGUGCUCGAGCUUGGAGUUUAUGCCGAAGACUUUGAGCAUCUUGUCGAAAAGUACUUUGGACCGGCUGGAAAAAUUCGUCAAACUGAUUUGGAGAAUCUGAUUAGCAAAGGAUCCGCGAAAUUGUCCCAAUUCGUUGAAGGUGUUCGCAACCGAUUUAAACGAGAUUUGAAAGUUGACGCUAGCCAGAAUGAAAUUGACUUUAUUCGAGACCAAGUUGACAUUGAAGAGCGUGUUGGAGAUCAUGGCGUGGGUGACGUUUACAUCCGAGUACUGGGAACAUCAAUGUUGGUCGAGAGCUUCAGCGAAACCAAUAUCCGAGAAGGAUCCAUUGCCAAGAAAUUUAGGACCGGAUUCGAAAAGUUGUUGGAAGGAGCAAAAGAUACCAAAUUCGACCUGACCCACCCCGUAAUUUUUAUCGACGAAGAGCUCGUCCUCCCAACCUUCGCUGGUCUCCCUUUGAACCUCGAACUUGAAGGAACAAGCAUCGUAUCAAUGCAAAUGAAUGGAAAUGUCGACAUUACAUCUCUCUUCCGUGCCGCGCCUUCAGACAUGCGAGCAAAAUUCGUGCCCAGCGCUGCAACUUUGUUAAAAUCUAGAAUGACUGUUGGAGCAGGUCCCGUAGAAACUGGUCUUCAAUUGGAAGGAAAAGUUCACUCUGCUGCUGGAGUUGAUGUCAAAUUGGUAAAGGAGGAUGGAAAGUUCGAAUUCAGAUUCAACCUUCCCCAAGAAAGGACUCAAAUCAUUGAUGUUCGCAGCGAUCUUUACUGGAUCGAGCAACCUCAGGAUAGCAUGGAAAAGAAGACGCAAGUUCAGAGCAAGUUGGCCACAAAAUCACUGGCCAACAAUGAGUGCUUGACCGCCUUCUCCAACUUUUUGGGUCUCAAGUUCUGCACUGAUAUGAAAAUCCCUCAAGUUUCUCGACAAGCUCCAUUCCCAGUGCUAAAUGGACAAGCAGUCUUCUCCUUGUCUGUGGAAAAAUCAGAGUCCUCAAUGGAAGGGUAUUAUCUCAAGAUCGAGAGGGACACCCAAGAUGAUGGUAAUUUCGGCGUCGGAUUCCUCUUGGACACUCCGGGAUCCAGAACCAAUAGAAAAGUAUCGGCUUCUCUGAAGGCCACCCAGUAUAAAUCCACCACACCCGAGUACGUCUUCAAACUGGACUCUCCCUGGACCAAGCUUGAUGUUGACUACAAGCGCGCUUUUACCGAUGAGUUGAAGGGAGUCGAACUUAAGAUCGUAUCUGAUGGGGAGGCGUACAAUGGAAAGUUGCAGUUGAAGAAGGUGAAAGCUGGCAGUGUGAGCAAGUACGAACCAAUUGUUCAAUACAGCUUCCCCGGUGGACGACCCGUGAAACUGAUUGAGGGACAAGUUCUUCGAGUCGAGGGACAAGGAAAGGUUGAGAUUGACCUCCGUACUGCUGGCCCCUUCCGACAACUGAGAGGAAGCGUGAAAGGAACCAUCGAGGUUCCAGAAAAGGCUGACGGGUUUGAAGUGAAAGCCAAGAAUUUGGAAUUCGCUUCUGAAGUGGUUGGAAAGAUUGCAUUCGAUGGGCACGUGAUGAAGGAGAAGCAAGUCUUCGAUACCAAAGUCCACGCUAAAUAUGGCCAAGAGAAACAACACACGUUUGAGUUUGAAACCAAACUUGGCAAGCCAAAACAUGGUCAUUACGAAUUCAAAACCAAGACCCGAUCAUCUCGUCGAUCUUUCCUCAACUUUGAUGUUAGUGGAGAAGUUAGCAAGGAAGGUCACACGUACCAGUCUGAACUCUCCUACACGCGAGGCGUUGAAGAACCAAAGGUCCACUUUUCUCACAAACUGAAGACAACGAUUGAAUCACCGAAGGAAUUCGAAAUAUUCCACGAAACAAGCUUGAAACAUCCCGGAUUUAAUGUUGACAUGUACAGCAAAGUUGAUUCGAAAGCAGCUCCUGGCCAAGCACGCCAUGCGGAGGCCAUUUUUAAUGUAAACUCAUUCAAGUCAAACGCCAGAUAUGACAGCGAUGGGAAGAACUUUUUGGAUUAUGUCUUGAAAGCAACCGCUGAAUAUGCUGGAAAAACUUAUGAAUUUACCGAAACAUCCGUCAAAGCAAGUGACCACAAGCAAAAUUUCAAAUCAAAACUCUCUGUAACUCCUGGAUUUUGGUAUCACGCCAACACCGAUGUGACCUACAAAUUCGAAAAAUCCGAUAUGGAAAGCACCCUUUCCACCACAAUUACAUCUGACACGUUUGCCGACCCUGUUGUAUUCAAAUCUGGAGUCCGAGGAAAGUCUGACGGCUACCACGCCCUCAUGAAAUUGGACAUGAAGGGUAACAACUACGUGGACUUUAGCACCCAGUUCAAACACGCGAAGGGCUCCACCCCAGCAACUUUCACCUCAAAGGCAUUCGUCUUGAACUAUUUGGAUUCAAAAUUGAGCCAAACCAUUUCUCGAUCUCAGUCCGACAUGCAACUGGAUAUUAAAUGGGUUCCAACUGGGCGUAAGAUUGAAGCAAAGUCUAAACUGACCAAUUCUGGAGAUGUUUACAAUUUGAACGCUGACUUGAAAUGGGAUGCUGAAAGGGAUCCUUCAAAAUCUGCUUCAAUCAAGAGUGUGACAAAUCUAUCCUUCUCCAAAUUGCAGUGUGAUUCCAAGAAUGAAAUCACCGUGGAAGGAAAGCUUGCAAAGUUGAAUCUGAAGGGACAACACAUGAAGGAGUGGUUUAACGGAGAAGACAAUUUGGAAAUCGACUACACCUCACCAAACGGGAAGACAUACAAUUUGGCAACGGUCCUCAACCUUGAAAACAAACUAAAGGCGAAGGGAGGCAAGAUGAACGUGAAAUUAACCCUGCCUGGAGAAAAGCCGUACGACUUCACAUUCGAAAACCGCGUAAGCAACAUGAACCCUCGCGAAGCGACAUUUGACCUCGUCACGGAUGUGAAGUUUGACUACAAGGGAGAGAAGGACGUCUCAUUCCAUGGGGAAUUAGGCUCAGCUCUGCCUGGAAAUUACAGACGUAAUACUGGAAAGAUCGAGAUUGGUGGCUCUGUUAUCAAAGAACCCAUCUCAGGCACCUUUAAGGCUGACAUCAAGAAGGGAAAAUGGGCCGUUAGUGCCGAUGGUAAGCGAGGAGCACUCAACAGCGACUUUGACGUUAUUCUCGAUUACGACGUCUGGUCUCCCAAGAAGACCUUUGACCUUAAAUACACCGUCAACAUGCCAUUCGAUGCCGUCAAGUCCGUCGAAGGUGUCCACAAAAUUGGAGUUUUGUACAACUCUUUGAAGAACUUUGAGUACACGGAAGAAGGAUCCCUGUCCAUUAAUCAUGGCAGCCCUGCCCAAUGGAAAUAUCUCACCAGCGUCCUCUCCAACGAGGCCAAAUUUCUCUCCGAGUACGCACAAGACGGAAGGAGCGUCUACUUGAUCUCUGGUAAUGGGAAAGUGACCGGCAAGAAGCUCACUUCUGAUAUCCAACUCACCUACCGUGAAGAGAAAUCCUCCCUCAACAUCGACAUUGACCACCAACUUCCAAACUUUGGCGUCGUCUUGAAGGGUGCAAUUCCUUCUACUUCGUUCGAACUGAAAACCACUCACCAAAAGUCGAGCGAUGGAAUUUAUGAAACUGACAUUUUGGCCAAGACUGCAAACGAGUUGGCUUUCCGAGUUACUAAUAAAUUGGAAAUUACCCCGACAAAAAAAUCCAUCGACUUGGUUGUGUCCGCUGCAGAAGAACCCCCACGACGACUUUACUUGUUGGUUGACAAAAUCAGCAAUGACAAGUACAACGUGGAGACGCUUCUCAAGUGGGGAGACGGAAAUAAAUUUUUGAGCACCAAGGGAGACGUUGGCCGUUCUUCGGAAGGGUUCGAAGCCAACCUGCUGUUGGACAGUCCGGAACUAAGACUCAAUAAGAUGAGUGUCAAACUUGCUAAAAAGUCACAAUCUGGUCGUCACGCCGUGACCCUUAAAGUACUAGAAAGCAACAAGGAUAAGUUCUCUGCCAUCUUUGACUAUGGAUCCAGUUUGGAAAGGUCCGGAGCUCAGAAAGUCUAUGAUGGUUCCGUCACAAUUAAAGGUGAUGGAUCUAAAUCCCCAAUGGAUAUCAACCUCAAUGGCAAGUUCCGCCUGGAGGACACGAGCUUAGCCCGAUCUCGGGGCGAUGAAGAAGAUGGACGACAAUUCAGAGGAACCUUUGAAGUCGGCAAGUCUGGAAGUCCAAUCAAGGGCACGGCCAUCUUGAAGACAUCCGACAAAGAAAAGCGGGCUCAAGUCUCGCUUUGCAACGAAGAGAGAGGUCGAUGCCGUUCUGGAGAUGCUCAUUUGAGACAUCAAAGCGAGGCUAAUGGAGAUGUGGAAUACAGUUUGAGAAUUGUGGCUGAGACGGACGCAGGUGGUCAGAAAUCCAUCACUGGUGUCUCCAUCAUCACUGCCAAGACGGAAAACGGACGCCAAAUGGAUCACACGGUCAAACUAAUUUUGAACCAUAAGAACUCUGACCCAAUCGGAUACCGAUUUUAUCGUAAAGACGGUCACGAAUUUGGGGCCGAACUCCUCCUUCCAGAACGGAUAAUUGCCACCGUGCUAGACUGCCAACAUCCCGGACCCACCGAUGUCAAAUUAGACUUGAGCUUCUUUAUUGACAAAAGUCGUCAACCAACGAGGAAGAUUAGUCUAAUUUUCAACACGGAAAAGCACAAGGAACAACUUGGUCGUGAUAUCGAGUUCAUUCUCCGCCACCCGGAUGUUGGAAAGGAUUUGAAAGUGCACACCAAGUACUCGAUUGCGGGCGAAGCUUUUGAAGUGAAAACCGUUUUUGACAUCUUCAAGGCGAACAGUGAGAUCGUCACGUCGUACAAGGCUCUCAAGGAAACGUCCGAUGUUGGUAAUUUAUACAAAACACAGUGGAGCGUCAUUUCUAAGGGUCAAAACAUGAAUUUUGGAGGAAAAUCUGAAAUUACUGCCAGGAACGGGCAACUCUCCUACAAACAAGAAUUGCAUUACGAAAACAGAGACAAGGAAAUCAAAACGGCCAAGAUCGAAACACUGUUGUCCAUGAAUCGUAUGAGUUUCGAGGUUAAAGGACAUUCUGGCAAGUUGAUCUCACUCAUCUCUACCUUUGAGGACCAAGCUACCGGCUACGAGUAUCGACAGGAGGUUCUUUUCCCAGGAAUGGAAGACGCACGAAUUUUCCAAGCCAUCUUGACCACCGUCUCUCCAAGAAAGGCUCAGUUAAAAACUUACACGGCCAAUAGCCCGGCAGGAAUUUACUAUGAAGCCAUCGUCGGAUUCAAGACACAAGACCAUUUCGUCGUCGGAUUAUACGAUCAUGAAAGCAGCGGACAAAAGACGCUAGCCGACUUCAACCUCGCUCUGAACAACAAUCGAGUUCUUUCCAUCAAGACCAACUGGGAGAAGGAAAAUUUCAAGAACGUUUGGGCCAAGGUUCAAGCCCGAGUUUCUCGCAAUGGCAAAAAUCUUAAGGAACUGGCAACCUCUUCGUUCGACGAAGUCCUCAAGGAACUCAACUCUGUUGCUACCAACGUGAUCAAAUCCGCCCCCAAAGUGAAGGCUGCGCUCACUGCUGCAACAAAUCAAUGGGCUGAUUUAGUUGUGGAACUGGACGCCCAUGAUGACACCAAAAUUGUCGUGGAACAAAUCCAACUUGCCAAAGGCUUCUUCAAAACAUUCGUCCGAUUCAUGGUCGGAGUGACGAAGGCUGCUCGAAGAAUGGCCUACACUUUCGCUGCAAUCAUCAAGGAGCAACUCGAACAAUUGCCAAACCUCUUGGGAGACUACACGAGCGGAGCCCCCUACACCAUGGACGACUUGAAAAGAUGUUUCGAUUCCUUCGUGACCGCGUUAACAGAUUGUGCCCGAAAUUCGGUGAAACUCUUGGGACAAACUGCUGAACGUAUUUCCGCAUCUAUGCCAGAAAUUAUCAAAUGCAUCAACUGGGCUUUGGACAAGACUUCUGACAUCAAUGACGCUAUCCGCAGCCUGCUAGAAACCACUUUGGACCAAGCCGCAAUUUGGUGGAGAUCUAUCCGUUCUUUCACCAAGGACUUUAUCGAUCACGACCUGGUCCGCAUGUUCAUCAAAGACACGGUCAACGUUGUCCAAAUGAUUCUGAGUGAAGUUAUCGAAGAGACCAAACAGUACGCAGUGAGUUUCAAGAACUACAUCAUCAACGUCAUUCCAGAAGCAGAUUUUCAAGAAAUUGUCCAACUAACUGCUGAAUAUGUAGACAAGAAGGCGAAAAAUGUUCAGGUCGAUGACGCCGUUGCCAUCAAAGAAAUUUAUGAGAAAGUGAUUAAGCUUGUGAAAAAGGUUAGCGCAAAGGUCUUCUCUGUCGACAGCAGCGAGGAUGGUUUCAACCUUUCGGUCAUGUUGCCAAACGCUGUUGAUAGUUUAAGUGACGUGCUGAAAUCCUUUGGAAAGCUUUCCUUCCCAUCGCCCCCAGUCGUUCAGUACAAUCUGCCCAGCUACAGAUUUGGAAUUACUGAAGUGAUCAACAAGCUCCGACAUGGAGCUUGCGUGAAUGAAUUUGUUCCUCCUUAUGACGCUUACGGUCUCGUAUUUGGAUCCCAAUUUUACAAAACUUUCGACGGACAGUUCUUCCGAUUCGAUGGAAGUUGUCAAUAUCUCCUGGCCUCCGACUUUGAAGAUGGCAACUUUACAGUUGCUGUCGACUACGAGAGAACCGGAUCCAAUGUGGCGAGAGCCAUCAUUGUCAAAGACGCGACUGACACGAUCGCUAUCAAGUCUGACAAUACUAUUGUGGUCAACGGACAAACGUACACUGCAACCGAUGUGGAUGCCCAACAACCAAAAACUGAGCACUUCAAGGUUGAAUAUAGAAAUAACUGGAUAAUUGUGACAGGCGAUAAGGGAGUAAAAGUUGGCUGCUCUUCUCUUCAUGACGUUUGUGCGGUGAAAGUCAACGGAUUUUAUCACGGCAAGGUUUUGGGACUGCUUGGGAAAUUUAAUCAGGAAAAAUUCGACGACUUGACCACAGCAGAAGGACAGGUGGCUGAAAAUGUCAACCAAUUCACUGAAAGUUGGAAACUUGAAAAACAAUGCACUGAACGACCUGUCAUCACGAUGCCAGUCAUUACAUCUGAAGCCAGCACUGCUUGCUCCGACGCCUUGGAAAGUAGAUCAUCCUCUUUGAGACCUUGUUAUGGAGUCGUUGCCCCACAAGAUUAUCAACAAGCUUGCGAAAGGUUAUCCUCCUCUCCUGGUUACACUGUAUCGAAAGCCGUAUGCACAGCAUCUGCUGGUUACGCCAAGGCUUGCUAUCUCUCCUACGCCAAGGUUGAACUACCAUCGGAAUGUCGCCAACUUUAAUAAAUACUAUACAAGUCCCAUCCCAGCCAACGGAAAAAUAUACAAAUUUAAUGUAAAUUGAAUGUCUGACUACAUAUGUAUAUUUUUAGAGUUUAUAUUAUAUUGCAUUCACAUAUAGACUUUGUAUUUUUGUCAACUACGUGAAAUAUUAUGUUUGGGUGGGUUAGUCAGUUAACGGUUGUCAUUAUGAAAAUAAUAUUUAAGCAUAAAUAUUUAGGAUUAGUGCAUUUAUUUGUACAGUUUGUUGACAUCUAUAUUUAACGUUAAUAGAAUGAGUGAUUUUGUGAUACUCUAGAUUGUUAGUUAUCGUUAUCUAGUUAUUCAAAUUAAUUACAAGAUUAUCAUGAGAGUACACGAACCAAAAUUCAACAAAUGGGAUUUCUGAGUCAACUUAUGUGUUGCAAUUAAUAAAAAUUGUACAAUUAUUCGCAAUCCA